AAAGGUAUGAAAACUCUAGCAUUCGAUCUUCUGCUUCUUUGUUGAUUACCCAAAGCUAUAGAUACAGUAGAUCUAUAUAUAUAGGCUCUGUAUAAUUGUUGUUUGAAUCUCCUUCCAUCAUCUCCAAUUAACUUGCAUUUCGUUUCUAUCUUUCAAAUUCUAUUUCCGUUUGAUUCCUGUUGCUAGUGAGAGGUCUCAGUCUUAGUUGAUAUUGCCAGAUCUGUAAAACCCUAGCUCCUUUUUGAUUCUUGCAUUGUUGCUGAAUGAUUCUUAGUUUUCUAGUGCUAUUCGAACUAUUGAACGGUAGUUUUGUUGAUUUGUAGUUCGAUUAUUUGAUCAAUUUUUGUAUUCUUAGUAGCUCUUGGGUGGUUUCUUUGAAUUUUGGGUUGAAAAAUGUUGGGUGGUUCUUCUCUAUUGCGAUCGGGAAGUUUCCGGCCGGAAAACCUAGGCCAAAAUGCUCUUGCAAUGAUUGGGAAUCUCUGUUUCACGAUUUUCGUGAUCGGGGUCCUGAUCUUCACCAUUAUUGCUGCAACUUAUGAACCCGAGGACCCUCUGUUUCACCCCUCAACCAAAAUCACAACUUUCCUUACAUCCACCUCCAAUGCCACUUUUAUAUCGGAUAGCACUGUUGUCAAGACUGGUGAGGACUUUAUGGCUGCCAACCAGACUGCAUUCGCCACUUUUAUAAAUAUUACCGAUGUUGAUUCUGCGACUCCGGUGACAACUAAUAUUGAAUGUGAGGCUGAGGUUGAUAAACCAAUUGACUGUACGGACCCCGAUGUGUUCCAUUUGAUGAUGAAGGCAGCUAUCGAACAAUUCAAGGAUAUACAUUUUUACCGCUUUGGCAAACCUGUUCGUGGAUAUAAUGAUACUUCUUGCCAUAUGGCGUGGCGGUUUAGACCCAAGGAAGGAAAGACUGCAGCCUUUUAUAAGGAUUACCGUAGUUUUGUGGUUUCUAGAUCGGAGAAUUGUACACUUAGUGUGGUUGGAAUUGGAGAUUACCAUUCUGGAGGAAAUGCAAGGAAGAGGAAGAAGAAUCAGAAACCGGGUUUCGAGAAGAAACCGGCGAAGGAAGAGAAAGAGCAGCAGACUAUUGCUCUACCUGUGGUUGGGGAAACCGUAAAUGACGCACUGCCCGUGGUUGAAUCUGAGGGGUCAUUUGAUCGUGGGCGGUACUUGAUUUACACAGGAGGUGGUGAUAAAUGCAAAAGCAUGGAUCACUAUCUCUGGAGUUUUAUGUGUGCUCUGGGUGAAGCUCAGUACUUGAACCGGACACUGGUUAUGGAUUUGAAAAUCUGUUUGUCUUCCAUUUACACUUCAUCAAAUCAAGAUGAAGAAGGGAAGGAUUUCAGGUUUUACUUUGAUUUUGAGCAUUUAAGAGAGUCAGCAUCUGUGUUGGACCAGGGUCAGUUUUGGUCAGAUUGGAGUAAGUGGCAUCAGAAAGGUGGAUUGAGUCUCCAUCUUGUGGAGGACUUGAAGAUCACACCAAUGAAGUUAACUGAAGUGAAAGAUACUUUGAUUAUGAGGAAAUUUGGCUCCGUGGAACCAGAUAAUUACUGGUACAGGGUGUGUGAAGGCGAGACAGAGUCUGUUGUGCAACGGCCAUGGCAUCUGAUAUGGAAAUCUAGACGGUUGAUGGACAUAGUUUCAGCAAUUGCAUCGAAGAUGAAUUGGGAUUUUGACUCCGUUCAUAUUGUGAGAGGUGAGAAGGCAAAGAACAAGGAGCUCUGGCCUAAUCUCGAGAAAGAUACUUCACCUCAAGCUCUUCUCUCAACCUUGAAAUACAAAAUUGAUGAUGGAAGGAACCUGUACAUUGCAACAGAUGAACCAGACACAGCCUUCUUUGACCCAUUGAAAGACAAAUAUACUACUCAUUUUCUUGAUGAAUAUAAAGAUCUUUGGGAUGAGAAUAGCGUGUGGUAUGCAGAGACCACAAAGCUUAAUAAUGGGGUUCCAGUUGAAUUCGAUGGUUACAUGAGGGGGUCUGUUGACACAGAAGUUUUCUUGAGGGGAAAGAAGCAGAUUGAGACUUUCAAUGAUCUUACCAAUGACUGCAAGGAUGGUGUUAACACCUGCAGUUCUGCUGCCAGCUAGUUAGUCCCUGUUGGUGUGGUCUUAUUAUGUCUGCUUCUUCUACAUUUGAUAAUCUUCACGUGUAUCCUUAGAUUUGAUCUGUUUGUUUCUGAGAAAUUUUUGUCUUAAUUGUUAGUUUGGAGUUCAAGUAGCAAUUUCAUGAAUCUUGUACUUUUAUAAAAACACUAUCAAUGUUAUUUGAAUUGGUGUUCUGUUUAA